AUGACAACAGCAACAACCCAGUCCGUUACGGACGCUCGUUUGAUCCCCAGCACCCUACAAUCUAAGAAGCCCGUUCCUUAUCCAACGAGAAAAUCUAUCCCAGCAGUAUGGAUGCGAUCGGGCACUUCGAAAGGCCUUUUCAUCCAUCGAAAAGACCUACCCGCCUCGAUUGAACAGUGGGAACCCAUCCUCUUGUCAGCGAUGGGCUCCUCGCAAGGCAACGCGCGACAGAUCGAUGGAGUCGGUGGUGCUACGUCGACAACAUCCAAAGUGGCCGUUGUUGCUAAAUCCCACCGCCCGGACAUCGACGUCGAAUACACUUUCAUCCAGGUGGCCCCAGAUCGGGCAAAGGUUGACAUGACGGGCAACUGCGGCAAUAUUGCAUCUGGGAUAGGGCCAUUUGCAUUAGAUGAGGGGAUCGUGCACGCGAAUCUGGGACAAACUGAAAUGGAUGUCCGUAUCCUCAACACCAAUACCGGGCAAAAUAUCGUGGAGACGAUCCAAGUCUCCCCAGACGGAAGCUUCCGAGAGGAUGGAAAUUGUUACAUCGCCGGUGUGGAGGGCACCGCAAGCCCCAUCAAGGUGGCAUUCCUGAAUCCAGGGGGCAGUAUGACAGGCAGGAUGUUUCCAACCGGUGAAACCCGAAACACUCUGACCAUCCAGUCCCGCAUAGUCGGAUCAUUCAAGGUUCGAGUCAGCCUGGUCGACGCAGCGAAUCCCUUUGUCCUUGUUGAUUCCCGCUCCUUGCCUCGGAGCUGGCCGGACCCAGGUGACCCGGACUUUAUCUCGGUUGCAGAAGAUAUCCGAAGGGAAGGCGCCGUGCAGUUUGGGCUCGCACAAGACAUCCAAUCAGCAGGACUCGUUCAAGGAACGCCCAAGAUCGCGUUUUUGUCCCCGCCGGCAGACGGGACUAACGCCGAUAUAGAGGUGCUUGCAUUCACCAUGGGCAAGCCCCACGCCAGUCUACAGCUGACUGGAGCAGUCUGUAUAGGGGCAGCGAUGGCAAUCCACGGCACUGUUGCCUGGGACCUGGAUAGGGAUGGGAAGGAUAAUCAGCUGCCGAAAUAUGGAAUGGAGAUCGAAGACCAGAAGCUUGCACCUGCCAGGCCGGUAGCUAUUCGGCAUCCAGCUGGUAUUAUUGAUACUGAAACGGUGCUUGGUAUGGCAAGAAGUGGGGAGGUGAGCGUGAAGAAGGUUGGAGUCUUCCGAACAGCACGUCGAUUGUUUGAAGGCAAUGUGUUCUAUAAAGAUUAA